CUUUUGUUCUCCUUAGACCUCUAUGAAAAGGAAUGCAAUGGAGAAACAGUGGUUUACUGGCAAGUGAAGUACCCAUUUCCCAUGUCCAACAGAGAUUAUGUCUACGUCCGGGAACGGCGAGACCUGGACGUGGAUGGGCGGAAGAUCCUCGUGGUCCUGGCCCAGAGCACCUCCGUGCCACAGAUUCCUGAGAGGUCCGGUGUGGUCCGCGUGAAUCAGUAUAAGCAGAGCCUGGCGAUUGAGAGUGAUGGCAAGAAGGGGAGCAGAGUUUUCAUGUAUUACUUCGAUAACCCGGGUGGCCAAAUUCCGUCCUGGCUCAUUAACUGGGUCGCCAAGAAUGGCGUUCCUAACUUCUUAAAGGACAUGGAAAAAGCUUGUCAGAACUACCUCAAGAAAACCUAAGAAAGGAAAUAGUGUGUGCAUGGAAUGAUGAUUUGGAAGUGCCACAGCCAACCGAUGCUCAGCUUUCCUUUCACUUUUCUGUCUUCAGAGGCCUGCACACUGUCCCACACAUUGUCCCUGAGUGUUUGCCUGACGCCUGGCUUCCUUUCCCACUCCCCACCCCAGGACUGGCUGCCUUCUUCCUCUAUUGACUGUGGGUCAGAUUAGGGAAACUUUUGCUUGUUUAUUUUUAAAAAGGGAAGUCCUCAGUAGAGAACACAGUCAUUCCAUUGUGCCAUUUUAGGGGGAUGGGUGGGUGGAGGAACCACAACAAUGCAAGAGCAACGGAUCCCAGAAAGCUGGCUCCUGCCCAGAAUGUGGCUUCUCACAACCCAGGAGGGGCUGCUGGGAGCCCCAUCCCCUUCAGAGUGGACUCUCUGUGCACCGAGACUGGAAGACACGGGCUGAUGUCCAUUUGCCUCAUGCUUUGGUGUACUGAUUUGGCUGGGGUUUGAGGUGAUAAUCCAGUAAGUCUCUCUGCCAUUCCUAUUUGUGGAGGAUCACACUGUUUUGAUUCAAACCAUUCUGAGAAACAUUGCAGCCCUGACUAAGCACUUAAUGUGAUAACCAUAUUUUCUCAUUAUCCAUGUCUGGGUUUCUGUUUCCCACAUGCCCCUGGGGGGAGGCUGCUCAUACCUCACUUACUCUGCAUUUUAUUGGAAACUGAGGCAUCAUGAUGGCUCUGACAGUUAGCAAAAGUCAAGAUGCUCUGCACAGAGCCCUGUGAUAAAGUGUCUUUCUAGGCAAUAAAAUGAAUUUCCCUUCUAGAAUGUUUAGCGAUACUGAACGGACAAUAGUUCACAGUCAGGGAAAUAUUAAUUAGUGGAUCGACUGACUCUGCAUCUUUUUCUAAGGAAUUCUACCUAAGUUGCCUGCCUCUUCAACCACGAAAAGACGUCCAGUUUUCUCUUUUCUCCGGAAUUUUGGUAAGGCAAAAUAUUCUGUGGCUAAAGGCACAGCCUUCACGUUCUCAGGGAAAAAUUUUAACCACUGUGUGAUGGUACUGACCUUGAUUAGAGGUCAUAGAAAUUCAGGAUGUAAAUCCAGAAGCAGAGGAUUUACUAAAAUGGGAUAUGUCAGACUGUAUGUCUUCUCUCUGGGAAAAACAGAUUUAAUAUCAAUAAAUACAGAGUGACUUAAAA